UGCUUUCGCGUGGAGCGGGCAGUCUAUGGCGCAUGUUUUUGUUUACUAGUUCGGCGCGGGAACUGUUUGAGCGAAAUGGAGGAAUUCAGCCUAAUAAAGUUGGAAGUAUCUACUCCAACAAUCAAGCAAGAAGAGCUAAUAAUAUCCGACCCUGUAGCUACGGAAGAGGAACCGACUGUAACAAACGCCCUGAGGAAAGGUUCUACUGAUGUGAAACAAGAAUCGGUUAUGGACAUUACCGAUAAAGUUGAGACUAGAGAAACUUCCAGCUUCAGCAACUCUAACGAUUCGGAAAUGCGCAAUACCGUUGUUGGUGGUCAUUCACACAAAAAGAACGCUUGUGAAUUCUGCAAUAAAAAAUACAGCUCAAAACUCAACUUGGAGAAUCAUAGAAGAAUCCACACCGGUGAACGACCUUUUGCGUGUGAUAUCUGCAGCAGAACAUUCCCCACUGCUGAACGUUUGCGGCGCCAUAAAUAUGCUCAUACAGGAGACCGACCUUUUGAAUGUGACAUAUGCAAGCGAAGGUUUCCCCAUAAAUCAACCGUGGUGUCCCACAUGAAUUUUCACCGCACAGAUUGCCCUUAUAAGUGUCUGAUUUGCGAUAAAAUAUGUGGAACUAGAUAUCACCUCCAGCAACAUAUGCGUAGUCACAGCGAUGCAAGGCCCUUCAAAUGCGACAUCUGUGAUGCGUCAUACAAGAGUCAUAGUGCUCUGGAAAAUCAUAUGAAGAUCCACAAGGUCGAUCCCUCGCCAGGUGACGCUGAAGGUUCUGAACCAAAUCGAAGUGAUGGGCUCCCCAAGUACACCUGCGACAUAUGCGGUAAACAGUACAAAAAUAUGAGACCACUUCACUCACAUACGAAGCUUCAUCAGAGUACCACCGACAUCGAGAUGAAAACCUACAACUUAAAGCUGCACGAGUGUACGAUUUGUGGAAAAGGAAGACCGAGUAGAGCAUCGCUCAUAAGGCACAUGGCUUCUCAUACUGAAGAACGACCUUUUAAUUGCGAUAUUUGUGGUUCAUCAUAUAAGACAGCUUACGAUGUGGAAGUUCACAGGAAAACGCACACGCAGGGACGGUAUGAAUGCGAAAUCUGCGGAAAAAACUUUCCAUAUUCGAUUACGCUGAAGCGGCACAUGAUUUGUCAUACUGACGGACGGCCAUUUAAAUGCAAUAUUUGCAAUCGAUCAUUAAGGUCAGAAUCUACUUUAAGAGUUCAUAAACUAACACAUAGUUCAAAGGGUGAGAGCUUCACAUUCGAACAAAAUCUUGUCGCUGCUCACUCUGAAGAACAACUUCUCAUUUGUGAUAUUUGCGGUUUAUCGUUUAAAACAGCUAUAAAUUUGAGAAAACAUAAGGAAAGGCAUUCCUCGGAAAUCCCCAUUCAAUGCGAAAUCUGCGAGAGACAAUUUCGAAUGCCUUACAAACUAAGGCAGCAUAUGCUAACCCAUACUAAUGAAAGGCCUUAUGCGUGCAACAUUUGCAGAUUAUCAUUCAAAACAAAAUAUUAUCUGCAAGUUCAUGAAAAAUUGCACAAUAAAAAGCGCGGUAUGCACUCGGAGGAACGACCUUACAAAUGUGAUAUUUGCAAUGUUUCAUUCAAUACAAGUACUUCGUUAAGGUUGCACGGGAAAACGAAAAAGCACCUCAUUCGAGUACAACUGAUUCACACAUGAAAAUGAUGGUAUUUCUGGUCGGUUUGUUACUCACAAAUUCAUUCUUAGGAUUGUUUUAAAAAUAUAUUGGAAGAUCUUUAUGACCACAGGUAAAAGUAAUAUGUUGCGCAAACAUUGCAGCCCAACGGCGUAGGCGCCGAUAGCAAGACGAAAUGAACCUGACAGCAAAAUAGAAACAAUAGGAACGAGAGCAAAAACAAUUUGUUUGUGGAUUUUUAAGAUGAUUUCUAUAAAAUUAUUAAUGCAGAUUAAAGUUAAAAUAGUUUAUUUGCAAAUCAGAGGUAUAUUGAGAGGAAUUUGGUAAUAGUCGAAGAUUAAUUCGACAGCGGCACUUGUUGUAUGUAACCUAAAAGGAAGAGAUUGGGAAAUAAAAAUACAAACGAACGAUUCAGAUAACAGGUGAAAACAGUUCGCGGAAAUAGACCAUUUCGGAUGAUCGAAGAUUGGUAGAGAAACUCGUGGAGCGCACGGAGGGAAAACAUAGACGAAAACAUUUUAUUGUAAGCUACAAAAAAUCACUGAAACGAAACUAAAA